AUGAAGGGGCCCAUUUGGAGACCAGGAAUUCCUGUCAAAUGGGUCGUUGAUGGAGUUACCCAAGACUUUCUCCCAGGAUCAGUACAGGCUAGAGAAAUACCAGAACUCCAAGAUGAGGAAGAAGAAAUCGAUAAUAAAGAUGGUAAAAAAGAGAAGGAGGGACAAAGUGAAGAAUAUGAAGGUGGAUAUGAAGAAGAAUAUGAAAUAAAUUAUGAAGAAGAUAAUGAUGAAUAA